GAACCAAAGAAACAAUAUCCAGUUUGAUGAUUGGGUGACACCAAACCCAAUCCACAUUCCAUCCUCUCUAUUUACCCCUUCUUGUAUUAUUCCUUCCUUCCAUUUCCUCUCCCCCUGAAGAAAACAGGGGGGUUUUCAGGUUCAACGAUGUCGUUUCGGAGCAUGAUUCUCGACAGGAAGGGAUUCGAGGUGAAGUUCAGCUAUGGCACAAGAUCCAAGUCAGAGUCAAAGAGUGACACCACCAUAAAGGAGAGUUCUUUGAUGGUGGUUGAUGAUGGGUUGAAGCAGAGUUGUUGGGCUAACAUGCCACCAGAGCUUCUGAGAGAUGUGCUCAUGAGGAUUGAAGCCUCUGAGCAUAAUUGGCCUGCCCGGAAGCAUGUGGUGGCCUGUGCCGGCGUUUGCCGGAGCUGGAGAGACAUCAUGGAGGAAAUUGUCAAACCGCCACAAAUCUCAACCAAGUUGACAUUUCCUAUUUCCUUGAAGCAGCCUGGUCCAAGGGAUUCUCUUCUUCAGUGCUAUAUUAAAAGAAAUCGCAGCAACCAAACAUAUUAUCUGUUUCUUGGUUUAAACCAAGCUUCAACUGACGAUGGCAAGUUCCUUCUAGCUGCACGCAAGUGUCGGCAUGCAACCCACACUGACUAUAUAAUCUCUCUAAACCAUGAUGAUGUGUCGAGAGGGAGUAGCACCUAUAUUGGGAAGUUGAGAUCAAACUUUCUGGGCACCAAAUUCACUGUGUAUGAUGCACACCCUCCAAUUUGUGGAGCCAAAGUUACAAAGUCUCGUUCCACCAGGCUUGUUAGUCUCAAGCAAGUAUCUCCAAGAGUUCCUGCAGGCAACUUUCCCAUUGUGCAUGUCUCAUAUGAUCUGAAUGUUUUGGGCUCUAGGGGCCCUAGAAUAAUGCAAUGUGUUAUGGAUGCCAUCCCUGCCUCAGCUGUUGAACCCGGAGGCUCGGCCCCAACACAGACUCAAUUUCUUCAUAGCAGAAUUGACGCUUCUCCAUCUAUCCCGUUCUUCAGAUCAAAAUCAACCCGCAUGGAGAACCUCCCAUCUGUACCUUUAACUUGUCAAAAUGAGGGGAUGCUAGUAUUAAAAAACAAAUCCCCUAGGUGGCAUGAACAACUCCAAUGCUGGUGUCUGAACUUCAAUGGGCGGGUGACAGUUGCUUCAGUUAAAAAUUUCCAGCUGGUUGCUUCUCCUAGAAAUGGAGUUUCUGAGCAGGCUCAGGAAAAUGUUGUUCUACAAUUCGGAAAAGUUGGAAAGGAUGUGUUCACCAUGGAUUACCAAUAUCCAAUCUCAGCCUUUGAAGCAUUUGCAAUAUGCCUCAGCAGCUUUGACACCAAGAUCGCUUGUGAAUGAUUGCCGGCAUUAACAAGCAGGUGUGUUAUCUGGUUGGAAUAUCUCUCACAGUAUCACAGGUUUGAUAUUGGCAAUAGAUUUUCUGGUUUUCUCUUUGGUUUACCUGAGCUUCAAAAUCCUCCCUCCUUCUCUCCGUUGUAUAUAUUGUUGUUUGUGUGCAAUAUGUUCUACCAUCAAGGAAUCUAUGUUGUGUUUUUUGCGUGCCUGUUUGUAAACCAACAUUUCUUUUUUGACCAUGAGUUUGUAGACACCUCAGUUGCGAUUGCUAUGCAAGCUUUUCAGUUUCGAUUU